AUGCUCUGUGGGUAUUUGCAGAGUGGGCGGUACAGGGAGACCCUUGAGUUGUUUGGGCUGAUGAGAUCUCGCAAUUUAGAAGUUGAUAGUUGCUCGUGUACAUUUGCACUCAAGGCGUGUGCGAGCUCAUUGGAUUAUGAAAUGGGUAUGGAGAUUAUUAGUAGUGCAGCACAAAAAGGGAUGGAAAAGAACCGGUUCGUGGGGAGUUCAAUGAUUAGUUUUUUGGUGAAGUUUGGUAAAAUUGGUGAAGCACAAAGGGUAUUUGAUGGAAUGCCCAAUAAAGAUGUUGUUUGUUGGAAUUCAAUCAUCGGUGGUUAUGUGCAGGCAGGUUGUUUUGAUGUGGCUUUUCAGCUGUUCUUUGAGAUGCAUGGUUCUGGAAUUAAGCCAAGUCCUAUAACAAUGACCAGCUUGAUUCAAGCUUGUGGAGGGAUUGGGGAUUUGAAACUAGGGAAAUGUAUUCAUGGGUGUGUGCUUGGAUUAGGAAUGGGCAAUGACAGUUUGGUGCUUACUUCAUUUGUUGAUAUGUACAGCAAAAUGGGAGACAUCGAAAGUGCUCGUUGGGUAUUUUAUAAGAUGCCUACUAGAAAUUUGGUUUCAUGGAAUGCCAUGAUCUCAGGGUGUGUUCGAAAUGGUCUGGUGGGGGAAUCAUUUGACCUAUUUCAUAGAUUGGUAAGAAGCAGUGGAGGUUUUGACUUGACAACCAUAGUUAGCCUCCUUCAGGGCUGCUCUCAAACGGCUGGCUUGGCAACUGGAAAGAUCCUCCAUGGUUGCGCUAUUAGGAGUUUUGAAUCCAACCUCAUCUUGUCCACCGCAAUAGUUGAUUUGUAUUCUAAGUGUGGUUCCCUCAAGCAGGCGACUUUUGUCUUCAACAGGAUGAAAGACAGGAAUGUCAUUACAUGGACUGCUAUGCUGGUCGGGUUAGCACAAAAUGGGCAUGCAGAGGACGCUCUUACACUAUUUGCUCAGAUGCAAGAAGAGGGGAUUGCUGCCAAUUCUGUUACUCUCGUUAGUUUAGUUCAUUCUUGUGCCCACUUGGGCUCUCUGAAGAGAGGAAGAAGCAUCCAUGGUCAUUUCUUUCGGUUGGGCUUUGCUUUUGAUAUAGUCAACAUGACAGCUCUGGUAGAUAUGUAUGCUAGAUCUGGAAGGAUAAACUUAGCUGAGAGGAUAUUCAGCCAUGGAUCCAUCUCUAAAGACGUUGUUUUAUGGAAUUCUAUGAUCACAGGUUAUGGUAUGCAUGGUCAUGGGUAUCAAGCUGUUGGCGUCUAUCAUAAAAUGAUUGAGGAGGGGCUCAAGCCAAAUCAAACUACCUUUCUUUCUCUUCUUUCUGCUUGUAGUCACUCGAGGCUAGUUGAACAAGGUAUCAGUCUGUUCAAUAGCAUGGAAAGAGACCAUAACAUUAGACCUACAGAGAAGCACUAUGCUUGCUUGGUGGAUCUUCUUAGCCGAGCAGGCCGUUUUGAAGAAGCCCAGGCAUUGAUUGAAAAAAUGCCUUUUCAACCAGGUACUGCUGUUCUCGAAGCAUUGCUGAGUGGCUGCCGAACUCACAAAAACAUCAAUUUGGGGAUACAAACUUCUGAUGAGCUGCUUGCUUUAGACGCCAUGAAUCCAGGAAUUUACGUCAUGUUAUCAAACAUAUAUGCUGAAGCAAGGAGAUGGGAUAAGGUGGACUACAUCCGAGGCCUAAUGAGGAAUCGUGGGCUAAAGAAAACACCAGGGUAUAGCCUGGUUGAAACAGGAAACCGGGUCCAUACCUUUUUCGCUGGAGACAAUUCACAUCCAAAUUGGGAAGAAAUUUACCACUUCUUGGAGAGUUUAAGAUCAGCAGUGGAGACUUCUGGGUAUGUGCCUGAUACCAGUUGUGUGCUCCGUGAUGUGGAUGAGGAAAUGAAAGUGAGAAUGCUGUGGGGGCACAGCGAAAGACUGGCAAUUGCCUUCGGACUUUUAACUACACCAGCUGGAAGCUUGAUUAGAAUCACUAAGAAUCUUCGUGUAUGUGGAGACUGCCACACUGUGACCAAAUACAUAUCGAAGAUAGUUAAGAGAGAAAUUAUAGUGAGAGAUGCUAAUCGAUUCCACCACUUCAGCAAUGGGGAAUGCUCCUGUGGUGAUUAUUGGUGA